AUGUCUCGUCAUCAAUAUGACCUAGUGAUGUGUCUGAACCUUCCUGGUACGAGCAUAGGUAAAUUAUGUGAUAAGUGCGAUGGACGUUGUCCUUUAUGCGACUCCGAUGUGAAACUGAUAUCGAAGGUUAGAAUAUGUGAUUCAUGUGCAGUUGGAGGUAGUGGUGGUAAGUGCAUUACAUGCGGCAAUGCUGGAAAGCAUGAGGCUCUUUACUGUUUGGAGUGUGUCAGGUCAGAGAAAAGUCGAGAUGGAUGUCCUAGGAUACUGAACUAUGGAAGUAAUAAAACUGACAGAUACUACAAUAAGAAACUGGAUAACAAAAGGAGUACAUAUGAUACUUAA